AUGUUUGCUCUUGCCUUUAUGAUACAUCAAGCAGCAGCUAUGGGAAUACUCGGUGAAGGAUUGAGCAGGGGUAUGAUUGGAGGAGGAUUUGGAGGUGAAAUCGGAAAUGGAAUAAGUGGAGGAAUCAUAAAUGGAAGAGAAGAAGUAAUAGGAAAUGGAAUAUUAGGAGGAAUCGGCAAUAGAAUUGGUGGAGGAAUCGGAGGUGCCAUAGGUGGAGGAAUCGGGAUGGGAACUGCAAUUUCUUCAAAAGUAGCUAGCGGAAUCUCUGGAGGUAUAGGUGGUACAAAAAGUAGAGAAAUGAACGGAGGUAUCAGCAGUGGGUUGGCCAUUGCAAGAUCUGCUGGAAUUGGAGGUGAAAUUGGUGGAGGAAGAUAUAGAAGUAUGAAUGGUGGAGUUGAUCGAGGUGUGUCUGGAGGAAUCAGAGCUGGAGCUGCGAGAGCUUCGUCUGGGGGAAUCAACAGUGGUGUAGCAAGUACAUUGUCUGGCGGAGUUAACAAUGGAGUUGCGAGAGAUGUUUCGGGAGGAAUCCACAAUGAUGUUCCAAGAGCAUUACCUGGAGGAAACAACGGUGGAGUUUCAAGAGCUGUGUCUGGGGGAAUCAAUGGUGGUGUUUCUAGAGCUGUAUCUGGAGGAAUCAAUGGUGGAGUUUCUAGAGCUGUAUCUGUGGGAAUCAACCAUGCAGUUGCAGGAUCACUGCUUGGAGGAAUCAAUGGUGGAGUUUCUAGAGCUGUGUCUGGGGGAAUCAAUGGUGGUGUUUCUAGAGCUGUAUCUGGGGGAAUCAAUGGUGGAGUUUCUAGAGCUGUGUCUGGGGGAAUCAAUGGUGGUGUUUCUAGAGCUGUAUCUGGAGGAAUCAAUGGUGGAGUUUCUAGAGCUGUAUCUGUGGGAAUCAACCAUGCAGUUGCAGGAUCACUGCUUGGAGGAAUCAAUGGUGGAGUUUCUAGAGCUGUGUCUGGGGGAAUCAAUGGUGGAGUUUCUAGAGCUGUGUCUGGGGGAAUCAAUGGUGGAGUUUCUAGAGCUGUAUCUGGAGGAAUCAACAGUAAAGGCGCAGGUAUACUGUCUGGAGGAAUCAAUGGUGGAGUUUAUAGAGCUUUGUCAGUGGGAAUCAACAGUGGCGUUGAAGGAUUAUUUUCUGGGGGAAUGAACGGCGGAGUUUCUAGAGCUGUAUCAGGGGAAAUCAAUGGUAGAUUCUCUAGAACUGUGUCCGGAGGAAUUAGCAGCGAAGGCGAAGGAGCACAGUCCGGGGGAAUCAACGGUGGAAUUGCGAGAACUGCGUCUGGAGGAGUAAGAAGUGAGAUUGAAAGAGAUAUGUCUGGGAGAAUGGGCGGAGAAUUUAACGGAGAUAGGUCGGGACAACUAAGCAAAUCUAAGUCCCAGUCAAGUAGCUCCAGUACAUCAGGAGGAAUCAGUCCUGGAAUGUCUGGCAGAGCUAGGUCUGGAAUGUCAAGUGGAAUGGACAAAAAUGGAGGAGAACUGAUGAUGAGGAAGCCCUACAAAUUCCAAUACCGGAAUGCUUUGAAGGAUGGCGGUGUAUCUUACCGAUCAGAAAAUGGCGACAUGUCUGGAACUGUAACUGGCACUUACGGGUACCAAGACAACAAAGGACUCUCUCGUGAAGUGACGUACAUAGCCGACGAAACUGGCUUCAAAGCUGACGUCAGAACAAACGAGCCUGGAACUAUGGGGCAUGCUAGAGAAAUGCCUGCCCACGUCCAACUUCAAGCACAGCCAUCUCCCUUGGAUGUUCAAGAAAAGUACACCAAAAAAGGUGCAGAAGCUGGAGGAAGAACCGGAAUCUUCUCUGGAGUCGGUAGUUCAAUGAGCGGGGGAAUGGGAGGCACGGGAGGAUUCAGAAGUGUUGGAAGUGCUGGAAUAGGUCAUAUGGGGGGAUUCAAUAGCGCUUUGGAAAGUGGAAUAGGAAUUAUGGGGAGUCUAGGAAGUGAGAUGCGUUUCGGUCUAAAUGGAAUAGGAAACGGUAUGGGUGACCUGGGGUGGAGGAAUACUAUAAAUGAUAUGGGUGGAAGCAAGGGACAUGAAAGGGCGGGAAAAAGUGGUGAACUUGGUCUAGGAAAUUCGGGUGGAAUGAACGGAGUUGGAAGAAUGAUAUUGAUGCAUCAGUUUUUAGGAAUACCUUUAAAAUUGUGUGCCUCUUCAAUUGUAUCUGGUACUGAGGCCCUACUGGCGGUCACAUUUUUGGUCGGAUAUGCCACAGCUUGUGGAAAUGGACCAUGUGUUGGCGCAGGAGGAGAUGGCGGUUAUGGAUCGGCAGGUGGACUUGGUGGAGGAGCCGCAGGACAUAGAGGAGCCGGAUCUAUGGGAGGAUUCGGAAUGGGAGGCCACGGACCACAUGGAGGAUUUGGUGGUGCCGGAGGUUAUGGAGGAUCAGCAAGUGUUCCAACACCCUUCAAGAUGGGCUACCAAAGCGUAGAUGAGCAAGGCAAUGUCAAUUUCAGAACAGAAAGUGGAGAUGGUAGUGGGUCCGUCUCCGGUUCUUAUGGUUACAAGGAUGGUCAAGGACUGUACAGACAAGUAGAUUACGUUGCUGACCAGGAUGGAUUCAAAGCAUCUGUUAAAACCAACGAGCCAGGCACCGAUGGCAAAGAAAACCCCGCCGAUGUGCAGAUGCAAGUUGAACAAGCACCAGCCGCUGUUCUGAAGAAGUGGGCUUCAGCUGGACAAACAUCAAGACGUUCUGCAGGAGCUGCAGCUUAUGGCAUGGGUAUUGGAAACAUGGGAGGUCUUGGUGGUGGAGCUCUCGGUGGAAUUCAAGGAAUUCAUGGAGGACUUGGUGCUCAGGGAGGAGUUGGAGCACAUGGAGGAAUUGGAGCUUAUGGAGGACUUGGUGCUCAUGGAGGAGUUGGAGCACAUGGAGGAAUUGGAGCUUAUGGAGGAGCAUCUGGAGCAUAUGGAGGAGCUGGUGGUCAUGGCGGUGCUAGUGGACUCGGAGGUGGUGCUUAUGGAGGAGCCGGAGCUAAUGGUGGUGCUGGUGAACACGGAGGUAGUGCUUACCAUGGUGCUAGUGGACUCGGAGGUGGUGCUUAUGGAGGAGCCGGUGCUCAUGGUGGUGCUAGUGGACACGGAGGUAGUGCUUACCAUGGUGCUAGUGGACUCGGAGGUGGUGCUUAUGGAGGAGCCGGUGCCCAUGGUGGUGCUAGUGGACUCGGAGGUGGUGCUUAUGGAGGAGCCGGUGCUCAUGGAGUUGCUAGUGGACUCGGAGGUGGUGCUUACCACGGUGCUAGUAGCAUGGGAAGUGGUGCUCAUAGUGGCCUUGGUGCCUAUGGUGGAGCUUCUUCCGGUCAUGGAGCAGGAAGUCCAUUUGGUGCAUUUGGACCAAGUAGAAUCACAAGCAACAGCAAGAAAAGUGGCCGAUGA